AUGAAGAUAAAGAAAUAAUUUAUUUCUAAAAUUAGAAUCUUGGCAAUAAAAGAUCUAAGUUUAUAAAUUAAAAAUCUUUGUGUAGAAUUUUUAGGGUCUGAUUUUUAAUAGACACAGUAAAAAUUUUUAUUGUUUAGGUUUCAUAAAGAUAAGGAGGAACCUAGAAUAUAAUAGAAGAAUUAAAUACUUUUAUUUUGGAUAGUCAAAACGAUAGAUGAAGUUGGAAGUACAAUUAACUUAAGAUUAAUAAAUUAAGUACAAAAAGGAUGUUAGCAAAUUUUACAUUAAAUUAGAGAAUAAAUAAAGGAUGCUUCCUAGAAACCUGAGGUGUUAGCAAAUUAGGAAUAAAUAAAUUAUUUGUAAUGGAUUGGAGAAUAUGGCCCAAACAAUAAGAAAUAAGGAUAUUGGAGAGCAUUGUGGAAAGGGCAGCAUAUACCAGGAGUUGGUAGAGAGUAUUCGAUUGAUGGAAAAAAAGUAGGAAUAUGGAAGGAUUUAUUUAAGAAUUAUUGGACGUAAGCUAUUAUUUAUAAUUUUUUAGUGAGGCUUAAGUGUAUGAGAUUGGAAAAUACAAGAAUGAUAUGAGAUAGGGUUCUUGGUAGUAGUUUUAUAAUUAUAAAAAAAUGUAAUAUGAUAGUUAUUAAUUGAAUUAGAGGAGAAGGAGAAUAUAAUUACCUUAGAUUGAAAUGGUUAGAAUUAUAGGAAUGUUUUUUUAUAAUACUUAAGUCAUUUAUGAUGGCGAAUAUAAUAUUAAAGGUCGGAAGAUCGGUAGAUGGAAUAUCAUAGCUUGGGAAUAAUUAAUAUCAUAAUUUUUAAUUGUGGAGGAUCUUAUGGUGAAGGAGAGGAUGAGUUUAAAAUUGGGAGAUGGGUAGAAUUGUGGGAGGAUUUCGAAUAUACUAUCAAGUUAUUUAUCAAGGCGAAUAUAACAAGAAAGGGAUAAAGCUAGACCGAUGGGAUAUAUUAUUCGAUAGAUAAUAAAUGUAAAUAUUUUUAAGUAUUGGUGAUCAUCUGAUAGUGGUGGAGGAUCAUAUGCAAGGAGAGUGGAACGUUAUUUCAAGAUUGGAAUGUGUAUAGAUUUGUGGAAAGGUUUUAGAGAUAAAGCUUAAAUCAUUUAUGAAGGUGAGUGUAAUAUGAAAGGUAUGAAGAUAGGAAGAUAGAAUAUUAGUAAGAAUAUCAAUAAAGGUAAAUACUUUAAAAUUAUAGGAUGA